UCACAAAUACGAGCUCCAUGAAGGGUUUGGGUCGACCACAUUCGAGCCAUGUAUUUCCACUAUACUCGGAGAAAAGCCAAAAAGACAGGUUUUGUCUGUAAUCAUAAUUAGCGUGCCAGCAAUAUUUACGUCUGGCGCGACAAGAGUCCAGCAGGUGACGUCAUAUGGAUCGAAACCGAUCACUACACAUGCGCACCUCUGCGGCAGCGGCCACUUAAUCCACCAUCCUGUGCGAAAGCGAAAACAAAACGCGCGGCCGCGCGGUAAGAGCGGUCGCUGGUUUUCACGUAAAAUUUACUGAACGUAGCCCGUCCUAGCGUCGUUAGAAAUCAAUCGCAUGCAGCGCAAUGAGGAGACCUCUCCGAGCGCCACGCGCGACCGUCCCUCUAGGUAAAAAAUGUACCGAAAUCGACUUUUUCUCCUCUGCAUGCGCCCGCAUGACACGGCCGCACCUUCUGAAGCCAACACAAGUAUGUGGCGCCAGUGCGAAUCGAUGCUGGCGGGCGGACGAACGGUGCAGCACGCAAAAUAGUAAUCUGUUGACCGAGAGAGCAUUAUUGUUUCUGGUACCCAUGGCAGCGACUGUAGGAGUCGGACACUAGCUUGACAAGGCGCAAAUGGCGACCCGAGAGUGGAAACUCCGGCAGACGGUGGAGUCGCACGCCGGCGACGUGACGGGCUGCGACUUCUCGGGUACAACUUUGGCCACCUGCUCGAAUGAUAAGACGGUGCGAAUCUGGCUCUAUGAAGGAGGCUCAUUCACAGAGUCGUCCGCGUCGCCCCUCGUCGGCCACAAGUACGGCGUGAACGCAGUGCAGUUCUCGCCGCUGGGUACGGCACUCGCAUCGUGCUCCAUCGACGGCAGCGUGUUUAUAUGGAACGUUCAGAGUGGCGAGGUGCUGGGACAACUGCAGCACCCAAGCGAGGCGGCUCUGCGAUGCUGCAGCUUUUCGCCCUCGGGCGCGCUGCUGGCCACCGGUGGCGACGAUGAGACGCUGGUUCUGUGGGACGUGGCCACACGCUCGCUGAUGCGAUCUCUCGGCGGCCACGGCGCUCUCGUCACCGCGUGCAGCUUUUCUCCCGACGGCGCGCUGCUGGCGUCCGCGUCGUCUGCCGGAGACCUGCGCCUUUGGGAUGCGCGCUACGGUCACGGCAGCUGUCUGCUGACGCGCUCCGAGGCUCACGACCUGGGUGCCACUGGCUGCCACUUCAGCCCUCAGUUCGAGGCCAGUCUUGCACAGGGCACGCUCGAGAGCAGUUACCUGCUUGCGUCCUGCGGCAACGAUGACCUCGUGCGCGUGUGGCAGGUGCGCAUGGCGCACCGCUGCAGCCUCUGGUCCCAGUGGGUGUUCGAGGGCCACUCUGGAAACGUCAUGUGCUGCCGUUUCGCACCUGGAGGUCAACUGCUAGCUUCCAGUGCCGGUGACAAGACCACCAUGCUGUGGGAUGUGGGCACUGGGGAGCAGCUGCAGCGGCUGACUAAGCAUACCCGCUACGUGCCCUGCUGUGCCUUCUCAGGCGACGGAGAAUUCCUGGCCACGGGCUCGAACGAUCGCACAGUGGUAAUCUGGACUCAGGUUGAGAACACCGGGGAGGAAGAGCAGGGAGAGAAACUGAAGCCAGUGCAGCCGCAACAGCCACCACUGCCCAAGGAGGGUGUUGGGGUGGCUGCGGUGGGCCGCUGGUCAGUGAACCAGGUGGGCGAAUGGCUGGAGGGCCUGGGCCUUGGGCAGCACCGGGCCACCUUUGAGGAGCACGCCAUCGAUGGCCAGGAGCUGCUGCACCUGACCCAUGAGGGGCUGAGCAAUGCCCUGCACGUGGACGCCCUGGGCACACGUGCCCGCCUGCUGCGCGAGGUGCAGGCCUUGAAGCACCCCCUGUGGCGGCAUCUGCCUCCAGCUGGGGAAGACGAUGCCGCCCUGCCCGAAGAGCUCUUCUGCCCCAUCACUCAGGAACCGAUGCGCGAUCCCGUCGUGGCCGCAGAUGGUUACAGUUAUGAGCGGACCGCCAUCAGUCGCUGGCUGGAGAGUGGGAAGGACACCAGCCCCAUGACCAACGAGCCCUUGGAGCACACCAUGGUGCUGCCCAACCGUACCCUGCAACUGCUCAUCCAGAAGUACCUGCGCUAGAGGCAUGCCUGAGUGGCGUCCACAGGCAUCACCUGCACGCGCCUGGGUAACCUUGCACUGGGUGCAACACGUGUGCUUCAGUUCACAAAGUUGAAGGUGGCAGGUAACAGGGAGGAGCCGUGGAACACUGCUCUGUAACGCGAGGUUAGAGACAGGAUAGGAGAUCCGAGCUGCAGGCAUAGGUCGGCAUGCUCACCCACGUUAAUUUCACAUUUGUGAGUAUGAGCGAGCGACGAAGGAUGUGAGGGAAUGUAAGUAUGAACGAGAGUGAGUGCCGUUGAGUGUGAGCAUGUGUGAGUAUGAACAGGAGUAAAUGGCGGUAAGGAUGAGCGUGCACAUGAGUAUGAGCGUGAGUGAAUACGUACGAGUGGACAUUAGUAUAAAUGUGAGCGGGUGCCAAUGAGCAUCAGUGAGCAUAAGUAGGAAAGCGAGUGAGUGGCGACGAGUGUGAUUCGGUGCAUAUCCGGAAAAAAUAUCGGUGAGUGAGUGUCCACUUAUUCUGUCGACCUAUGACUGCAGCUCACAUGAGAAGCAUUUGCCCUGCUGUGUCUCUGAUCUUCAAGUCUUGUCUUUAGUUGUCUCACUGUUUAGUGUCCUGCUGUGUCUCACAACCAGUGCAACCUAAAUGGGGAAAUGCAUUUAUGUCAUACAGCAUUUGAAUUGCAUGGCUUCAAUGCCCCUGUUUUCCACUAAAGUCUAUAGUACCAAGAUCAGAGUGCUGUUGUUACACAUCCCAGAAUUUUAGUUCACAUAUGUACACAGAGUAAAGUUACUCUCAGCUAGACCACAUACACAUAGCUUUAAUAAAAUAAAUUAGACCUAUGCAGCAGUAUAGGAAAAUGCAGGCUUUAGAAUAAUUAUGAUCAUAGUUGUGUGACAGUAAUUACACCACCGUUUUGGAGUGCACCCCCACUUGUUCCUCUUGUGCAUCAGUUUCAGGAGCUGACCAGUGUUAUUCCUGCAGUGGUAAUUACGAGCACUCCGUAAACUCUGUGAAAGAGUGCUGUUUUUGUAGGACAUGAGAAUGCUGUGGAUACAAAUUUCAAGGUUGGAAAUGGAGAUAAAAUGCUGUAUUGUAAGCCCUCAUCAAGGCACAUCUUGUGGGACAACAGAGCGAAUACCCACUAAACCAAUUAGAUUCUAGUAAUGCUGCACAAGAUGGCAGAACUACAGAAAAGGGCAUUAAAGGGAAUGUUGGGUUAAGCAGGCCCAGUAAAUUGCAUUUCCAAUUACCAUAAAUGUUGGUCUUAUCAUGAGUGGAUGAGGGUUGGUAAGCCAGAAAAGAUACAAAAACGAAAGACAGACCGCAAGUUCCCAUGCUAGCUUCUCGUGAUCUCAUGAGAUUUGUACAGUGCGUGCUUGGGACUAGUUUAUAGAUUAUAAACAAACACCAAAUUCUGUUUUAAAGGAGCCAAAGGCACAACCUAGUGAGUAUUGCUAACGUUUUCUGAACAGGAACUUCUCAAACAUGUGAAAAUAUUUGAAAUACAUGACGUCAUUUUAGUGUAGUGGCGUGUUGUGUUUGAGGGGUGAGAUCCAAGAAGGAAACUUUGCCAUUCAUAUUCCACGCUAAUACCAGCCUUUUUGCCAGAUACUAAAUGCAAAUCGGCCUAAUUUCUUACCAAAAGCAACACAAAGGCACAUUGGGCAAUGAAGCACCAUUAAAAACAUUUUUUUUUCAUCAUGGCUUGGUGAAAGUACAAAUGUGAUAAUUUUAGCUGCUUGCCUUCCAGUUUCUUUCACCAUUCAGGAAAGGUCCAACUGCAAACGACUUCAUCAUUGGUAGGGCCUCUGCAUUGCGGUUAUGACUGCUAGAAGAGCUGGUUGAUUGUACAUUUUAAUUGAAGUGUACUACUGAGCAACAAAAACACAGGGGAGGGGGGAAAGGACAUAGACAUCACAGGCACAAGUGCUUGUCCACGUGUCCACGCCUGUUUCUUUUCAUUCUUGUUGCUCAAUGUCACAUUUCAGUUGGUGAGAUGAUGACAGCAAAGUCUCAUGAUAGCGGCCAAAUCACCCAUUGAUUAUCACAUUUAGUUCCACAGUACGGGCUGAAGAGUGAAAUCGUCACAAACCAACCCUUAUACAUAUGCAGUAAGCAGCAGCGGUUCAGGUAAGCAGUAACUGUUAGAUGUCUAGGCAGCCAACUCUCGAGAACAUUUACUGUACAAAGUGGCGCUACUGAUUAAGUGGGCAAGUGUUAGGGGAUCUGCUAUAAUGGAGCCUGUCAUAAGCUGACAGGGACAUUGCUGUAGUAUUGUUCAUUGGAUGAGGAGAUAGGUGUAAUGUGGUGAGUAUGGCAGCUUGUUGCAGGCAUCAUUGUGGCCACUGCUUGCCUUGCAAUAAAGUUUACUUUUCCUUGCCAAGUGGCUGCUGUCUGCGAGUCAACGAGUGUUUAUUGGCGGUCGUGUUCUUUUAGGAGAACUUCAGUCAGUACGUAGGAACCGUUGUUCACAACUAAAGGGGCCAGUUCUACAUAGUACUAUAAGCGAACUUGUGUUAUUUCUGUAAAAUUGUACCUGGGAUUCCAAGCUCACUUGUCACAUUUGUGGUGCUACAAAGGGACUGACAAUUGGCCAGAAUGUGUUGAGAUGUUGAUGGAACUGAAAUUACAAUCAUUUAUAGUGAUAGAAUCCAUCAUGCUGUUUACAAAUUAAGUAGGAAUUAUAAUUUUAAAUAUGCAAAGAAAGUCUCAAAAACCAGUAAGUGGCAAGGCCUGGCAGUGAAAUAUUGGUACUUCAGAUGUGGUCUAUGAGCUUACUGUACAUAAGUUGGUUGUUAUUAAGUACAACAUAAUAAUUGCUUAAAAUUGCUGUUGCUAUAUUAUUAGGCACUUGCACUUUAUUCCAUGCUUCGGAAAUCAAAAGCACACGCAUGGCUACAGCAACAUGCUGAACUGUGCAUCACAUGUAAAAGCAUUGUUUUGUUUUCAAUCCAAUUGGUUUUGUUUUAACUGGUUAAAUACCACAGUAGUUGGACAGGAAACCACGACAACAUGUAGCUAUUAUCGCAGAAAUACUUUAACACUUCGGAAAACAUGAAUCGCAGGAACAUCAACUUAAUAAACAAAAUAAUACUUUCCAGCAGUUAUGUCUGCACUAGUCGUCUGCCACCCACUAAUGCUAGCGUAUAAUCACCAUUGCACUCGCCUAUCGCAGUUUUCAUUAUGCUUCCAGUGAACGACUACGUCCUCACUGCAGAUAGAAAAAUUCUGAUAAAAAAUUUUUUCAUGGCAUUUUCUGCGCUACCAAUUCAUGACUAGACACUGACCAGUGAGCUUUCCAUUGCUCGAAAAAAAGAAAAGGUACGAUGAAAAUUGUCAGUCCCUUUAACUCAUUUGUGCUCCUUUAUCUCCACAAAAUGUAAUUUGAUGUACCUACUCUUCUGUUUUUUGAGUUCCUAACUCAGAUUAGCAAUUUUCUAUGCCUUCCUAAAAGACCUACUCAUUUAAAUUUAGACCUUUCUUUAAAGACAUGAAGACCAAAGUCUAUACUGAUGCCAUCGUUGCUUUGUACCCGUGGCGAUGCUGCAAAACCACUGACAUCGCCAUGUCUUUACAUACUAUUGACGCAACUAUAUCUUUGCAUACUCUUUUUCAAAACACUGCAACAAGUAAUUUUUCCCACUCACUUUGGUCAGUUUAUGAAGGUGGUGCAGCAUUUCCUUGGGCUUUUAGUAAAAGUGGCUCUCAGCGUGUUGGUGCAACUUGAAGUGAUUCCCAGCAAAACUUACUGUUCCGGCAUAGAGAAAUAUUUUAACUGUCGAUGUAUUGCAUUAAUCCAGGUUGGCUUAGGUAAACUGGGGUUCAGUUGUCGAGUCUAAGUCAAUUAGGAACCUGAUAAAUUUAUCAGGUUAGCGUAUUGUAUUGCUAACCUUGGCUAAUGUUAUGGUGGGCAUCAAGUUGCAUAGAGCCCAACUUAAUUUCGCCACUGUCAUUGCAGCCCUUUCGUGCAGGCAGCGACUUGUUGCAGCCUGCAAUAGUUGCAGCCCUUUUGUGCAGCUGUCGCCAUUAUAUAUGAGGGCCUUUGCCUGUAGUAUAAAGACCGUGAAUUGAAAAAUGAUGCUUCCUUUGCCAAAAAAAAGAUAAAGAUAGCAACAGUGUGACUUUCAUAGCAACUAUGCUUCCUGAACUGCAGGUUGCUAUCGUUAAGAAGUUGUGUUGUUUACAAAAUACUUGGCAGUGCCAAUUUGUCACACCUCGAAGGCAUUCCAAGAGAUAGCAGCAAUGUGAUACUCGUUGCAACUAUGCAUCCCAGACUGCAGGUUGCUGACAUUAAGGAGUUGUGUCGUUCUCUAUAUACUUGGGAGUGCCAAUUUAUCAAGCCACAAAGGCAUUACAAGAUGCGUUUUUUUUUCUUUCGUUCUACUAGUCGUUGAAAUGGAGUUCUGAAAGUUCAGUGCAGACAUUAUUGCAUAUUGUUUCACAGGGCCACUGCUAUUACAGGGUGUGUCGUUCUGUUCACAGAAAUUUUAGAGUUGCGUCGCAUUAUUGUUGCAUUACUUCAAGGCCUGUGCCUUGAAGUAAUGCGUGGCAUCUUGUUCGAAUGAGUAACUAGUACAGACAUUCCAUGCAGUUUUAGGGACUAGUCAAAGCUAGAGCAAGUGUACAAGAGUUAGCCAUUUUUCCCUUGCUGAUGAUGUGCUUUGUUUGUAUGUUUUGUGGUUAACAAGUUAUAAUGAUCAUAAUACCCCAAGCCUCCAUGCUUGGCUGGAUGUUCUGUCUUAGUGUUAGAGCUCUGUUAUACAGUGCGGUGCUGUGUGUUGAGACCCUUUCUGUCGAUCACAGACCCCAAAUCCUUUGAAUAGGCACUAAAGCUAUCUGCUGUUUAAAGCACACAGUGUUUUUGUGCUAGACGAUGGCCAGAAGAGACCUUUUUAGUAACCUAAACUGUACAGAGAAGCCCUUGUGAUGCCAAAUCUUGCAUCUAUGUGGUACCGCUGUCAGUUUGAAUCAUGACUGGUAGAAUACUCUCGCAACCAGCUGUAAUUAUAACCAGCUAUAUUUAGUAUUCACAUAAUUUCUUGUAGCCAUGUUUGACUGCUUUACGUUUGUAUGUUUAAAAUCUAGCCUGUGACAGAUGAGAUCAUCUAAAGAAGACUGAAACUGCAAAAUUCCUGCUGUGCUGUUAGUACCACGGUCAUUAGUCUUUUUUUCUUUAAACCCAAUUUUGUAAGCUUAAUUAGUAUAAUUAAUUUACAUUACAUUAAAUAAAAAUCAUUUACUGCAAAUUCGUGCUUAUCAAUAUUAUCCAUCCCUUGAUUGUAAUUGUAAUGCAAAAAAUAUUAAUAAAAAAAAAGGUGGGCACUGUACAAGAACCUACAGCUUUGUGCCACACUUAAAAAAUGGCAGUGUAGCCCACAUUGGUUGAUUCUAUAUGAUUGCAUUAAAGAAUGUUAUUGCAUGCCAACAUUGUCAAUGUUUACAUGCUUCUGGAAGUGCUUUGAUCAUUGUUCAAAUCUAAAUUUGAAAAUUUAUGCAGAAGACCAAGGCGCUGUAAUCUGAGGUACUUGUUCGUCUCGCACUCUCAACAUAUGACAAGUGAUUAGGUGUCAUUGUUUUACAUGGAGCAAAAUAAUUGCACAAACAAGACCUUGGAGAGUCUGGGUGAUGCACGGCACCAAGAUGCCAGAACAAAUAAUGGCGACUAAUUUUCAUGUCGCAUCUUUUCGCUUUAAGGGGUAGCUGUCAGACCAGUGAUUGCAGUACGAUACCUCAAUUUCGACAGUAUGCAACAAAUACAGUAGAACAUCGUUAGUACGUUCUUGUUACGUAUGUUUUCCCGACACCAACGUUCGCAAUCAAGAACACAAAACAUUCUCCAACAGACUUGCGCCCAUUUUUUACUGGUUCAUACGUUCCCGGAAAACAUGAUUUUUCGGCACCAACGUUCAGUACGUCACCAAACUUUGAUCGUAUAAUACGUUUUCCGGCCGCUAGAUCCCAUGUAAACAAGAAAAUGUGGGAGGCCCACACGAUUGAGAACAGUAUAUAGCUGCCCACCGCGGCAGCUUCGCUGCAAUACUCGCCUGCCCAUCUCACCUGAAAAUGCCAGCGCGCACUCCUUUUGGUACCAGCAAAUAUCGGCAAAUAUUCGGUGUCGUCGCACUCGCCAUUUGCAGCUAUCACCACCAAUCCUCUUGCGAUAAGCACCUUCACCUAUCUGUUUCACAGCGCAUGGCGCCUUCGGAAGUGUAGUGAACGCUUUUAAUAGGCGAUAACCGAAACACGCCACCGUUCCCUUCUGCAGGCAGCGUGAUGUGGGCAUCACGUUUCGCUUCGGCGGGAUACUGCGCCGACCACCAGUUAGAUUUCGUUUCAGUAUCCCGUCGCCCUCUUAGAACACCAUGCAAUAGGAAAACAACAAAAGCACGUCUCGGGCCACCGGAGCACCACCAGCACGAUGCGCAUCGACGUCACAUGCUGCAACGAUCUGCACGGUGCUUUGCAUUACGUAGAUGUCAACAAUAGUUGGAGUCUGUCAAAUUUUUUUGUAACUUCAAAUUGUAUGUUUGCCCGGUUAGUAAGCUUGUUUGUCAUGUUUUUUUCCCACAACAUAUGAACGAGGUUCUACUGUAAUUACAUCAUACUUUUAUAUGACCCAUUCAAAACGUUGGUAAGAUAACAUGCCGUAGUGGCACCUGUGGCUUAACCCUUUGAGGGUUGUUUUUUUUCGCCAUAUGCGACCGCCCAGGGUUGCUAUUUUUUUAUUGCAGAUUCCAAUUCUUCUUACGGACUUAUUUCGAAAAAAAAAAUUCACCGUAAUUUUUCUAGGGUCACCGUAAUGUGAGAAAAAAAUAUUUUGCUUUGGUAUAUAUGUACUCUUCAUUCAUGAAGAACAACAAUAAAAAAAAGGAAAUAAGCUUAUAAGAAUUGAAAAUUUAAUGCAUUGUUAUAGUUCAAGGCUUUGAAAAUGUGCACACAAGAAUAUUUCGCAAGAUUCAAAUGUUCCUGCUCUUACACUAAUAUGUAUGUACAUAUCGUAAUCAAGCUGCGUAGGUGCGCACACCCAAGAAAACUGUGUGGUUGUGUGCCCGUCAAAUAAGCAAAACGUGUGACAAACUUCCGCUAAUCUUCAUUUUAUCACCAACCAGAGGCAAUUAGUUCUCGCCGGUCUCAAAAAAAAAAAAAAAAAAAAGAGAAAAGCUACGGAAACGCAUGCACGGCAGCAUCGUUCCUAUGCGCACCCUCGGGAGCACUAAACGAGCGAGAAACAAGAGGUCGCCCUUUGAGCGAUUAGUAACGAGAUAGCCAUCAGUUUUGCAAGCGCAAGAAACCGAAACCGUCCACGGAACAAAACCCAAACCGCCACCUGCUCAUGCGUGCGCCAAUGCACGAGCGGUACUAUAUAGACGCGCGGGAGCGAACUAGCGCUAAAACAAACCAUGCAACGAAAACCGAGAGAGGGAGGUGUGCGAAAGAAAUUCCCUGUAUUCCCACAUAGUGGCAGCACAUGACAGAAAAGAAAAAGUUAGGAAAUUGGCACGCUUUUUAAACUUAUAGACGGCGCCGUAAAUAUACGGCAUCGACCAUUUUGGGCUUCGUUUGCGGCGCCAUAUAUUUACGUCAUUGACCCUCAAAGGGUUAAUAGAUGUUUCACACUUGCCACCAUGGCAGUAAGGGGUUAUGUCUGACACACCCAGGGCUAGGUCAUGUCUACCAUACUUAUUCGUAUAAGGCCCAUACCCCCACACUGGAGUGAGAAUAUUUGGAAAAAGAAAAGUUUCACUAAAUGUCGCAUGCAUACUCGCGUGCUGGUUAAUUCCCGCAAGCCGCUACAAGUUAGCACUAGUCCAUGUCCGAAAAAUCGGUUGGCAACUGUAAACGUAUUCAUAGUCUGCUGCCACUGGCUGCAUUUAUUUGCAUAGAAGUCUGAGCAUGAAUCGAGGCUUCAGUCAAUAGCCAUCAGCAUGCCUAAUGCAAGGCCCGCGUCCAGUAAAAACUCGGAAAGAAAGUGUGGGCAUUACACGAGUAAAUGCAGUACAUGUACAGUCGGUGUAAAAUGCUUAUGGCCACAAGUCGUGUGAAAAAUCUCCAUCUCUAGAAGGGUACUGUUUUGGGCUAGUUGGUUACAAUUCAUGAUCAAUGUUAUUUGCGCACCACUUGAAAAAAUGCCUGCAAUACUCGCAGUACUUUUUCAAGUGGUGUGCAAAUAACAUUGAUCAAUCUCUACUUAUAGGUGUGCUGUGUAUGAAUUCAUGCAAAGCUGUGUUGGUAACACAUGUUCCUGUAGGCUUUAUCUUUGUAUCCCAGCAUAUGUGCUCAUGGGCCCUCUAAAUUUUUGACGUCCUUGCCUAAAUAGACACGAAAGUGGGUGUAGUAAGCCGCCAUCACCAUAGCUCAGUUGGCAGAGUAUAUAUUGCAUGCUUUGUGCUGAGGUUGUGGACUUGCCUCCCAGUAGCAGGUUAUUGUUGCUUAUAUUUUUAUUUCUCUUUUCAUUGAUUAAGAAUACCAAGUAUACAUAUUCUAUAUAUAUGUUCUUUCAUAUAUAUAUUCCAUGAGUAUAUAUUCUCCCAUAAUCAUGUCUAUAAGCUAAACUUAAAAAAUCCUAUGCUAUGCUUAGCGUGAUAUUAUUGUUUUUAAAUGUUAAUCCCCUUGGUUCUCUUAAUCUUUCUCACUAAAUCUUGAGCCAGUGCCAAUUGUAGCUAGGCUUCAUGCCUAGAAAGGCAUCACAGGGAUCUGAGGUGGCGCUCGUGUAGUGUCACAAACCACUGACAACUGAAAUAACCAUUGCUAGCUCAUAAUUAUGGCAGCAUAGGAAUUGAUCUUUCACAACCGUGAUUCCUGGACCAGCAGCUGUCUAACAAAGACAUAAAGCACAAGUAAAUGUCUGUAUCAUUGUUUCUGCCAUCUAUAUUUAGCAAUAAUGCACACAGGACACAGCAUGCAAAGCCAUUUGCCUUUUUUUUUUUGCAGGUGAUUUUUCUGUUUGCACUUGAACAUGAAGGUAUUACUUUGUACGUUUAGGGAAAGUAAUGCAUCAGAUACCUAUUACAUGAAAUUUACUACACUUUUAAUAAGAACUAUUUACUUCUUGCUUUUAAUGUUUAUUACUACUGCUCGCAUUAAAGCAAGGCAUGGUGUGCUCACAAAGGUGAGCUUUGGGGAAUAUUUCAACCAGGUGAGCUCUCCAUAACUAUGUUCCUUGGAAAAAGAAAAUGCAAAGCUAUGGCUGUAGUUUCCCUUUUCUCAGGGUUGAAGAGCUGGGGGUCCGGGUGAACAAUACUAGGGUCUGCAAUACCAGGGUCUACAGUUUAGACAGGCUACAUCCCAGUUACCCGCCGUGGUUGCUCAGUGGCUAUGGUGUUGGGCUGCUGAGCACGAGGUCGCGGGAUCGAAUCCCGGCCAUGGCGGCCGCAUUUCGAUGGGGGCGAAAUGCGAAAACACCCGUGUACUUAGAUUUAGGUGCACGUUAAAGAUCCCCAGGUGGUCGAAAUUUCCGGAGUCCUCCACUACGGCGUGCCUCAUAAUCAGAAAGUGGUUUUGGCACGUAAAACCCCAUAAUUUAAUUUUUUUUUUUUACAUCCCAGUUUAAGUGAUGGGCCUGGGACAUUGAGGAAGUGUGGUACACCCAGCUCCAUAACAUAUGAUCAAUAAAGAUAAGGGUACUUGGCAUGUUUGUGUACUGAAAUUGCUGUACGAAGCAUGUCAACAUGCUUUCUAGUAGUAAGUGAUUUGACUUGUUGCCAUUGCUUUGUGAUUGUACUCAAUAAAUUUUUAUCCAAGAA